GUUGAGGAAAGGAAAAUGCAAACGCAAACGCGGCCAACCCGCACUAAUACCGCUUCCAUUUUCCUAGUACCUGCAUAGUAUGUAUCAAUGAUAGGAAGAAGUCUUUUUUUCUCUCUCACCCUCGCUUUCGUUCCCUGUCUCUUUUCCUGAUUUUUAUUCCCUCCCCUCUGAAUAGAUGUAGAGAGGAGGGGCCACGAACUAUUCGAGGAUCUCCGGUGAAGGUUUAUCGGCGCUGAUUACCUAUCUGAGUAGAUUGCCAUCUACAAAAAAAAAACCUAUUUUCUCUUCUCUUCCUCUUCUUUCGCGCCAUUAUCCAAGUUUUUUUCUUCUCUUCUCUUCUUUUCCCUCGCUUUUCUUACGUAUCUUCCAUAAACGGGUAGACAGUAUCGUACUGUUUUCAAUUCUCGUACCAUUUUUUUUUCUUCGAUCAAACAGUAGUGCCGUCACUAUUUUCCCGUAUACUUGUCCGAGUCUCGACCACCCAUUUCUCUCUUAUCGCUGUCCCGCCUUUGUCUCUCGCCUCCAUCUUCUUUCCCCCCCUCCCCCCUCGGUGCGAAAACUAAGAGUCCGUCCGGACCUUUUUCUCUCCCAAUGACAAUCUCCUGUCCGCUACCAUCGACUCACGAUGGCCACCAUCGAGCCACGACUGAUUCAUCUGCUGAACGAAUCGGCUUCUACUCCACGGCCUCACCAUGCUGAGCUUCCUCCCAUCAAGGUUCUGCCUCUUCCCAAGACUUCCGGCCGUCUACACCCUAUCGAGCCCGAUGCCAGCCAGAGGCCUGAGGUAUCAGACACAAACCUGGGUCAAUUGGCUUCUCAAUCCAUGCCUUCCUUAUAUUCGAUGGUAGACGAGGCUUCUACUACGAACUCAGCUUUCAGGACCGAUGCAAGUUAUUCAUCGGAUCGAACAUUACUAAGCCACAUUUCGUCUCAGGACUUGCGCAUGAUAUUGGAUGAUACGCCGGAUAAUACUGAAGAUGUCGGAAAGAAGAGGCGGCCGGUGAAGGAAGACUUCGUUCAGCUACCUCAGCCGCUGAAGAAACAGAAAGCGACUACUCAACAACAUAUGUUCCCUCCAAUCAUAGUAGGUUUGCUGGAGCCACCAUCCGAUGCUUCCCUAUUCCCACCAAUCUCCUCCGGAUCCUUCGACAACCGCCCGCAUUCCGAGCCUCCGCAGGCACUCAGCAUCACUAAACCACCCGAUAUAUCGGAUACGGUAGAGGAAAAGACAAACCCGAGCCCUCCGCCUGAACCCGAGCGAACCCCAACAGGGAAAGUCAAACGGCGGGCUGCCAAGCCACGACGCAAGUGGUCCGAAGAAGAGACCAAUCACUUAUUGUUGGGUGUGAGUAAACAUGGUGUCGGAAGAUGGACGGACAUAUUGGAAGAUCCGGAGUAUAGGUUUAACGAUAGGACGGCGGGAGACUUGAAAGAUAGGUUUCGUACUUGUUGCCCCGAGGAACUGCGUGCCAGUCCAUCAGCUAGAAGUGAUACGCCCAAAGAGAAACAGCCAGUCGUGAAUACUAGAGGAAGACCAAGGAAAGGUCUCAUGUCUGAGAAUAUCUUAAAUGAAACAGAAGAGGAGGUCGAGAUUGAACAGGCCCAGUCGGGUCCGAAUGAUUCUGAUCCUACGCCAACCAGGCAGCGCAAGAGCCGGGCCCAUCGGAAGAAGAUGGAAGACCUGGUCGAACUAGGCAUUAGAGGACCAUUUAAAAAGUCGCAUCGAAGAGAGCGACGCCCAUUCUCCGAACAAGAUGAUAGGGAGAUACUAGAAGGAUUUGAACACUAUGGCCCUCAGUGGACAAAGAUCCAGAGGGAUUCGAGAUUCAACCUAUCUACUAGACAACCGACAGAUCUACGUGACAGACUACGUAAUAAGUACCCAGAGAAGUUUGCAGGUACGGAAAAGACGGCCAUGGGAGUGAGGGAGCCAGGGCGGGGCAACAACCUGAUGGAACCCUCGGUUAAUAUGGCUAUCGAGAAUUCUUUGCACGUUUCUAAGUCGGCCUUGCUCGAACCGCAACUUAAUCGAACCAACUCAAGAGAAGACAUACCAAGAUGGCCGAUGCCUUCUCAUCUCAUUGAAUCCGGAGAACCCUCCCAACAGCCCCAUCCCGGUAUAUAUUGGAACGAGGCAUCCGCAGCGGGCCUUACUUCAGGUACUAUGGGAGAGAUGGAUAUAUCACGUCUUCUUCUUGAUGAUACACAAGCCACAAACGAGCCGUCCUCAGAGCGGCGAGGUCUAGGAUGACAUAUAUCAACUAUAUUGGGGGAGUUUUUCUGUCCACCACGCCUAAAAAGGUCUAGGGAACUCAUUGCAAUCUUGCUGCAGAUAUGACAGAUAAAAUCAUGGCGACUGACAACAUCGCCGAGGGGAUAGACUACAAGAUGGCCAAAGGUGUGAGGAAGAACUAAAGUCAGUACUUGCCAUAACUCGAUUCAAAUUACGUCGAGGGCAUACUUUAAGACGGGUUUCAACCCGAUUUCGUGCUUCUUUCAGCAUGAAGCUUCAGUCGUUACAGAAUGGCCAUGUGCGGUAUGUAUGGGAUGUAUUAUCAGUCGAGGAAGUGAAUCUGAUGAAUAGGUAUGACACACGCGCGGAAUGAAGAAAAGAAAAUGUGGUUUGGUGAAAGCAGAUCAAGAUUCGAUAUUCAUAUCUAAGUAUUAAUGAACCUAUCGUCAGAAUCGGUUCUCGUUGAGUGUUCCCACACAAUGAAGAAUAUUCGGAGAAUCUUCUGUACUCUACCGGCUCUUAGAUAUAAGUCAUAAGUUAUAAUAUGUAGCUGACCUACUGUAUAUUGACAAAUAGAAAAAUUGAAG